CCCGCCCCCACCAGGCGAGUGUGUCGCGUCGUGUGUGUUUGGGACCAGCGCAGGUUGCGCGUCCUCCAAUUUUGCGCCUUUGGCCCCCGAGUCCAGACAACUGCCCCUGCGCCCCUCGCCCCGCAGGGCGUCGCAGGCCACCAUGGGCCAGGAAGAGGAGCUGCUGAAGAUCGCCAAAAAGCUGGAGAAGAUGGUGGCCAGGAAGCACACGGAAGGGGCCCUUGACCUUCUGAAGAAGCUGAACAGCUGUCAGAUGUCCAUCCAGCUACUACAGACAACCAGGAUUGGAGUCGCCGUGAACGGAGUCCGCAAGCACUGCUCAGACAAGGAGGUGGUGUCCUUAGCCAAAGUCCUCAUCAAAAACUGGAAGCGGCUGCUAGACUCCCCUGGACUCCCCAAACGAGAAAAAGGAGAGGAAAGAGAAAAAGCAAAGAAAAAUGAAAAAGGACUUGAUUGUUCAGAUUGGAAGCCAGAGACAGGCCUUUCUCCACCAAGGAAAAAGCAAGGGGAAGAGCCCAAAGACAGGAGAGACUCCACGGACUCCAAGUCUUCUGCCACCUCCUCUCCAAAGAGGCCAUCGAUGGAAAGGUCAAACAGCAACAAAUCAAAAGUGGAGACCCCCAAAACACCCAGCAGCCCCUUGACCCCCACGUUUGCUCCCUCUAUGUGCCUCCUGGCCCCCUGCUAUCUCACAGGGGACUCUGUCCGGGACAAAUGUGUGGAGAUGCUGUCGGCAGCCCUGAAGGCGGAUGAUGAUUAUAAGGACUAUGGUGUCAACUGUGACAAGAUGGCAUCAGAAAUUGAAGAUCAUAUCUAUCAGGAGUUCAAGGGCACAGACAUGAAGUACCGGAACCGUGUGCGUAGCAGGAUCAGCAAUCUCAAGGAUCCCAGGAACCCAGGCCUACGGCGGAACGUGCUCAGCGGGGCCAUCUCCCCUGGGCUCAUUGCCAAGAUGACAGCAGAGGAAAUGGCCAGUGAUGAACUGAGGGAGCUGAGGAAUGCCAUGACCCAGGAGGCCAUUCGUGAGCACCAGAUGGCCAAGACAGGUGGCACCACCACUGACCUCUUCCAGUGCAGCAAAUGCAAGAAGAAGAACUGCACCUAUAACCAGGUGCAGACACGUAGCGCUGAUGAGCCAAUGACUACCUUUGUCUUAUGCAAUGAAUGCGGCAAUCGCUGGAAGUUCUGCUGAUGGAACCACCAGUGAUGAUUCUAGAGAACAAGGUGAGGAAGAACCAAGAGGAAGCCCUAAAUCAUCAGAGCUGAUAAAAAUAAAAAUGAAAAUGAAG